AGAGAGAGAGAGAGAGAGAGUGGGGGGGAAUCCAUGGAAUGUAGGAAUGGUGGGUUUUAAUGCUGGUUUGUGUCUGAAAUGAAAUGAAAUGAAGUGGCGAAUUUGGCAGUUAAAAAGUGGCAUCAAAUCAGGGUAGUCAAAACUAAAAACCUAUCACCCUUCCAGAUACAGUGAAAAUAAAGAAGAGAUGAAUACCGGCUGGAACCUGAGUUAAAUUUUUUUUUUUUCUUUUUUUUCUUUCUUUUUUUUUUUUUUGCUUUUGGGGUAGAACCGUAGAGAGGGAGAGGGGGGAGUGACAUGGGUGCCAUAUUGGGAUUUCAAUAUUUUUUUGUUUUGUCUUUCAUUCCUUGCCAAAAACAGUGAAAACUCAUGAAAGUGUAGGACUUUUCAGGUCACCUUCUUCAAUCAAAGAGGACUGAGAGAGGACCCCCUUUUUUUUCUUUUGUGUGUGCGCGCCCUGUUCAUGGAUCCCAAGGGCUCAAAGCAGCCGCAGGAGGUACCAAACUUCUUGAGCCUACCUCAGCCAAACAUGGGAGAGAACAAGCCAGCUGAAGUGAAGGACUUUCAGAUUGUGAUUGCAGAUAAGGAAGAGGGUAAGAAGCAGUUGGCCCCCAAGAGGAGCUCAAAUAAGGACAGGCACACCAAGGUUGAAGGCAGAGGGAGGAGAAUAAGGAUGCCGGCUCUUUGUGCAGCCAGAAUUUUUCAGUUGACUAGGGAAUUGGGUCACAAAUCUGACGGGGAAACCAUACAGUGGUUGUUGCAGCAGGCCGAGCCGUCCAUAAUAGCGGCCACUGGUACUGGGACAAUACCGGCGUCGGCUUUAGCGGCGGCAGGAGGCUCUGUGUCGCAACAGGGAACUUCUAUAUCAGCAGGAUUGCAUCAAAAGAUUGAUGAAUUGGGGGGGUCCAGUAUUGGGUCAGGGAGUAGUAGGACCAGUUGGGCAAUGGUAGGUGCAAAUUUGGGGAGACCCCAUGUGGCCACAGGGCUAUGGCCCCCAGUCAGUGGUUUUGGGUUUCAGUCAUCAUCUGGACCAUCAACCACCAAUUUGGGGAAUGAAAGUUCCAAUUAUCUGCAAAAAAUUGCCUUCCCUGGGUUUGACUUGCCUGCAACAAAUCUGGGUCCUAUGAGUUUUACUUCAAUUUUGGGUGGGAGUAACCAGCAGCUUCCUGGUUUGGAGCUGGGCCUAUCACAGGAUGGUCAUAUUGGGGUUUUGAACUCACAAGCCUUAAGCCAGAUUUACCAGCAGAUGGGGCAGGCCAGGGUGCACCAGCAACAGCAGCAUCAACAUCAGCAUCAGCAUCAGCAUCAACAGCAACCUCCUGCUAAGGAUGAUUCUCAAGGUUCAGGGCAGUAGAUUUGGAGAAAUCGACUUCAUAAAGGGAGAGGAUUUGGGAAGAACAUCAAAGAAGUAGCAUUGUUGAAAACCUGGGUUUUUUUUGUAAUGGCUUCUGUACUGUAUAAUUGCAAAAAGAAAAAAAAAAGUGAGGAAAGUGAUACCUGAGAGAAUUCAAUAGGGACUGGAUUUGGUUUGCCCCUUUCUUUUUCUCCACAGAUUCAUCCAAGUCUCCAAAUACAGGUGGAACUGUGAAAGGACAAAUAGCUUGGGUUUGGGCUUAACUUCUUGUGUAAUUCAGAGGUGUGUUGAUUAUAGUGUAAGGCAUCCUUAAUUAUUCUCUUCUUCUUAGGUCUUGAUGGAGUGAUAUUCAGCUUGUUUGUGAAAAUAAACGUAGAGUUCCAUAGUCAUACUUCAAUUUUCAGGUAGAUCUUGUAAUGGUUCUUUGUUAUCUAUGAUAUUUUUGAGUUUUGCACGGGAA